AUGUCUACUAGACAAAACACCCUAAUGGCUGCGGUGGUCACCCUGUUGGGGGUCACCUUCGGGGGUCUGGUGUUAUGGCGACAACGAACAACGAGGACACUGAAGAAGAAGCAGCAGCUUCUGGCUCAGGGUCAGAUAGGGGUUAGCUCUGGUCCCUUACCAGUGGAUCAGCUGGGUCCUGUGGAACCAGAGCCUGUGGUUGUGGAGCCAGUCGAGUCCCAGACUCGGCUACCCCCGGGUCAGAGCCUGGGCCUCCUGCCUGUUUCACUGCCCCCUGCUGACCAGGUCCUGGCGGUGCAGCCUGUGAUGGUGAGCUCUGAGGAGGAUUGGGAGCAGCUGUGGCCGUCACUGCAAAAGGAGCUAUCCGUCUACCCUGUCCUCGGGCUGGACUGCGAAUGGGUAAGAGUCUGGGCGUAGGAGUUCGUUUUGCAUGUAAAAAAAAUAAUAUAUUUCCAUUGGUCCUCGAGUCUAUUUCCUGUCCUCCCCUGACGUAGUCUCCCUCCCUCCUUCCUCCCUUCCAUCCUCUCCCUCCCUCCCCAGGUGUCAGAGAAGGGUAAGACGUCAGCGGUCUCCCUUCUCCAGAUGGCGUCCUACUCUGGCCUGUGUGUGUUGGUGAGGCUGCGGCUGUUCCGAGGUCGCCCGCAGGACCUUCCCCUCAGCUUGAAGGAGGUAUAUUGUCCUCCGUGGCUCAGUUGGUAGAGAAUGAUGGGUUUUAAUUCCAGUACAGUGGGUUCGAUUCCCGCUGGGGCCACCAAUAUUACAAUUAUGUAUUUUGGAUAGAUGUCAUAUAUUCUGUUUAUUGUUAAUGAUAUUAUUAUAUAGGUCCUCAGGGACCCUCAUGUCCUGAAGGUGGGCUUGGGUUGUUAUGAAGACGGGAAACGUCUGACCCGAGACUACGGCCUGGCUCUGGGGUGUACCGUGGAUCUGCGAUACCUCGCACUACGACAAAGGUACCACUAGAGAUGGGCUAUUAUGGGCUCUGGUAAGACUAGGUUGAUGGUCAAUCAGUACUAUAAUAAUACGCUUAGUAAAAAUGUUUUAAUUUACGAUCUGUAGAAACUAUGAGAAUAGAAAGGUUCAGAACAUUUGUGAAACAUUACAGCACAGUGGAAAAAAUAUAUGGCAAAUAGAACUCAAAACUGUAUGGUGUUCAGAGAUAGAUGGGAGGGGUUGAGUGGAGCUGAAGGGUGGGACUAAAAACUAAAAUAUACUAUGUCUGUGAAAUGUAGAAGCCUAAGUAUUGUGGUCCAUUAGUUUACUCCAAUUAGGGGAGGGGUGGUAGGAUUAGGGGAAAAUAAUAAUAUAUUUAUAAAAGCUGUUCUACACCCUAAAGAACAAAAACAAAUUACUAGGUUGUCUGUUUUAAUCAACCAUUUACCCUCAAAGUGUCUCUGUGUGUCUCAAUUCAAUUUAAGUGGCUUUAUUGGCAUGGGAAACAUGUUUACAUUAUUAUUAUUAUUAUUUUUUUCACCUUUAUUUAACCAGGUAAACCAGUUGAGAACAAGUUCUCAUUUACAACUGCGACCUGGCCAAGAUAAAGCAAAGCAGUGCGAUAAAAACAACAACACAGAGUUACAUAUGGGGUAAAACAAAACAGUCAAAAAUACAACAGAAAUAAAUAUAUAUACAGUGUGUGCAAAUGUAGCAAGUUAUGGAGGUAAGGCAAUAAAUAGGCCAUAGUGCAAAAUAAUUACAAUUAGUAUUAACACUGGAAUGAUAGAUGUGCAAGAGAUGUGCAAAUAGAGAUACUGGGGUACAAAUGAGCAAAAUAAAUAACAAUAUAGGGAUGAGGUAGUUGGGCGGGCUAAUUUCAGAUGGGCUGUGUACAGGUGCUCUGACAACUGAUGCUUAAAGUUAGUGAGGGAGAUAAGAGUCUCCAGCUUCAGAGAUUUUUGCAAUUUGUUCCAGUCAUUGGCAGCAGAGAACUGGAAGGAAUGGCGGCCAAAGGAGGUGUUGGCUUUGGGGAUGACCAGUGAGAUAUACCUGCUGGAGUGCAUACUACGGGUGGGUGUUGCUAUGGUGACCAAUGAGCUAAGAUAAGGCGGGGAUUUGCCUAGCAGUGAUUUAUAGAUGGCCUGGAGCCAGUGGGUUUGGCGACGAAUAUGUAGUGAGGACCAGCCAACAAGAGCGUACAGGUCACAGUGGUGGGUAGUGUAUGGGGCUUUGGUGACAAAACGGAUGGCACUGUGAUAGACUACAUCCAAUUUGCUGAGUAGAGUGUUGGAGGCUAUUUUGUAAAUGACAUUGCCGAAGUCAAGGAUCGGUAGGAUAGUCAGUUUUACGAGGGCAUGUUUGGCAGCAUGAGUGAAGGAGGCUUUGUUGCGAAAUAGGAAACCGAUUCUAGAUUUAACUUUGGAUUGGAGAUUCUUAAUGUGAGUCUGGAAGGAGAGUUUCCAGUCUAACCAGACACCUAGAUAUUUGUAGUUGUCCACAUACUCUAGGUCAGACCCGCCGAGAGUAGUGAUUCUAGUCGGGUGGGUGGGUGCCAGCAGCGUUCGAUUGAAGAGCAUGCAUUUAGUUUUACUAGUGUUUAAGAGCAGUUGGAGGCUACGGAAGGAGUGUUAUAUGGCAUUGAAGCUCGUUUUGGAGGUUUGUUAACGCAGUGUCCAAUGAAGGGCCAGAUGUAUACAAAAUGGUGUCGUCUGCGUAGAGGUGGAUCUGAGAGUCACCAGCAGCAAGUGAAAUAGAUGAUAAACAAAAGUAAAAUAACUUUUUUUUUUUUUUUUUACAAUAAACAUUGUGGCAACAGGUCACAUCUUGCUGCUGUGAUGGCACACUGGGGUAUUUCACCCAAUAGAUAUGGGAGUUUAUCAAAAUUGGAUUCGUUUUCGUAUUCUUUGUGGGUCUGUGUAAUCUGAGGGAAAUAUGUGUCUCUAAUAUGGUCAUACAUUUGGCAGGAGGUUAGGAAGUGCUGCUCAGUUUCCACCUCAUUUUGUUGUGGGCAGUGUGCACAUAGCCUGUCUUCUCUUGAGAGCCAGGUCUGCCUACGGCAGCCUUCUCAAUAGCAAGGCUAUGCUCUCUGAGUCUGUACAUAGUCAAAGCUUUCCUUAAGUUUGGGUCAGUCACAGUGGUCAGGUAUUCUGCCACUGUGUACUCUCUGUUUAGGGCCAAAUAUCAUUCUAGUUUGCUCUGUUUUUUUGUAAAUUCUUUCCAAUGUGUCAAGUAAUUCUCUUUUUGUUUUCUCAUGAUUUGGUUGGGUCUAAUUGUGUUGUUGUCCUGGGUCUCUGUGGGGUCUGUUUGUGAACAGAGCCCCAGGACCAGCUUGCUUAGGGGACUCUACUCCAGGUUAAUCUCUCUGUAGGUGAUGGCUUUGUUAUGGAAGGUUUGGGAAUCACUUCCUUUUAAGUGGUUAUAGAAUUUAACGGCUCUUUUCUGGAUUUUGAUAAUUAGCGGGUGUCGGCCUAAUUCUGCUCUGCAUGCAUUAUUUGGUGUUUUACGUUGUACACUGAGGAUAUUUUUGCAGAAUUCUGCAUGCAGAGUCUCAAUUUGGUGUUUGUCCCAUUUUGUGAAUUCUUGGUUGGUGAGCGGACCCCAGACCUCACAACCAUAAAUGACAAUGGGUUCUAUAACUGAUUCAAGUAUUUUUAGCCUGAUAAAUAUCCUAAUUGGUAUGUCAAAUUUUAUGUUCCUUUUGAUGGCAUAGAAGGCCCUUCUUGCCUUGUCUCUCAGAUCGUUCACAGCUUUGUGGAAGUUACCUGUGGCGCUGAUGUUUAGGCCGAGGUAUGUAUAGUUUUUUGUGUGCUCUAGGGCAACGGUGUCUAGAUGGAAUUUGUAUUUGUGGUCCUGGCAACUGGACCUUUUUUGGAACACCAUUAUUUUUGUCUUACUGAGAUUUACUGUCAGGGCCCAGGUCUGACAGAAUCUGUGCAGAAGAUCUAGGUGCUGCUGCAGGCCCUCCUUGGUUGGUGACAGAAGCACAAGAUCAUCAGCAAACAGUAGACAUUUGACUUUGGAUUCUAGUAGGGUGAGGCCAGGUGCAGACUGUUCUAGUGCCCUCGCCAAUUCAUAUAUAUUAGACAGACAGACAGGUUGAAGAGGGUGGGGCUUAAGCUGCAUCCCUGUCUCACCCCACGGCCCUGUGGAAAGAAAUGUGUGUUUUUGCCCAUUUUAACCGCACAAUAAUAAUAAAUAAUAUGCCAUUUAGCAGACGCUUUUAUCCAAAGCGACUUAGUCAUGCAUGCAUAAAUUUUUGUGUAUGGGUGGUCCCGGGGAUCGAACCCACUACCCUGGCGUUACAAGCGCCGUGCUCUACCAGCUGAGCUACAGAGGACCACACUUGUUGUUUGUGUACAUUGAUUUUAUGUCGUAUGUUUUUCCCUCCAACACCACUUUCGAUCAAUUUAUAUAGAAGACCCUCAUGCCAAAUUAAGUCAAGGCUUUUUUUUUUUUUUUUUUACAAAGCAUGAGAAGACGUGUGUGCGGGGUGAAUACGUGGUCUGUCGUACGGUAAUUUGGUAAAAUUUAGUAAAAAGCCCAUUUUGAAAUUUGCUCAGUAUGUUGUUUUCACUGAGUAAAUGUACGAGUCUGCAGUUAAUGCAGAGGUUUUUCCCAAGGUUGCUGUUGACGCAUAUCCCACGGUAGUUAUUGGGGUCAAAUUUGUCUACACUUUUGUGGAUUGGGGUGAUCAGUCCUUGAUUCCAAAUAUUGGGGAAGAUGCCAGAGCUAAGGAGCACUUUACCCUCUGCCUGAAAUUGAAGGAUUUCUGUAUGGAGAUUGUCAAAAAACGGAUCAUCAUAAUAUGAUGAAUCUGAAGGAGGAGCAUAAGCUGCACAUAUCUAUACAUCAUUGUCGCAAUAGAUUGUACCUUUAAGUUUUAGCCAAAUGUGGCUAGUACCUUUUUUCAUUUCAUUCAGUGCUAAGUCCUGCUUAUGCCAAAUGAUGAUUCCUCCUGAGUCUCAGCCCCGUUUAACAUUUUUAUGUUUGCUUGAUGGUAGUAAACUUUCUCUAUAGCCUGAGGGACACUGAGUAUCAAUGUCUCCACAAUACCAUGUUUCCAGGAGGAUUAUGAUGUCCAGUCCCUUGAUGUUUUUAAUCAAUUCUGGAUUUGUUGUUUUAGAACCAAAAUGUGACGAGUACAGGCCCUGGAUAUUCCAAGAGCUGAUAGUUAAUGAUCUAAUUUAUAAUAAGUGAUAUUCACUGGUUUGACUAAAGUACAUUUAAUUUUUUUAAAUAUAAUAAUAAAAAUAAACUAUAUAUACACUGCUCAAAAAAAUAAAGGGAACACUAAAAUAAUAUAUCCUAGAUCUGAAUGAAUGAAAUAAUCUUAUUAAAUACUUUUUUCUUUACAUAGUUGAAUGUGCUGACAACAAAAUCACACAAAAAUUAUCAAUGGAAAUCAAAUUUAUCAACACAUGGAGGUCUGGAUUUGGAGUCACCCUCAAAAUUAAAGUGGAAAACAACACUACAGGCUGAUCCAACUUUGAUAUAAUGUCCUUAAAACAAGUCAAAAUGAGGCUCAGUAGUGUGUGUGGCCUCCACGUGCCUGUAUGACCUCCCUACAACGCCUGGGCAUGCUCCUGAUGAGGUGGCGGAUGGUCUCCUGAGGAAUCUCCUCCCAGACCUGGACUAAAGCAUCCGCCAACUCCUGGACAGUCUGUGGUGCAACGUGGCGUUGGUGGAUGGAGCGAGACAUGAUGUCCCAGAUGUGCUCAAUUGGAUUCAGGUCUGGGGAACGGGCGGGCCAGUCCAUAGCAUCAAUGCCUUCCUCUUGCAGGAACUGCUGACACACUCCAGCCACAUGAGGUCUAGCAUUGUCUUGCAUUAGGAGGAACCCAGGGCCAACCGCACCAGCAUAUGGUCUCACAAGGGGUCUGAGGAUCUCAUCUCGGUACCUAAUGGCAGUCAGGCUACCUCUGGCGAGCACAUGGAGGAAGAAAUGCCACCCCACACCAUGACUGACCCACGCCAAACCGGUCAUGCUGGAGGAUGUUGCAGGCAGCAGAACGUUCUCCACGGCAUCUCCAGACUCUGUCACGUCUGUCACAUGUGCUCAGUGUGAACCUGCUUUCAUCUGUGAAGAGCACAGGGCGCCAGUGGCGAAUUUGCCAAUCUUGGUGUUCUCUGGCAAAUGCCAAACGUCCUGCACGGUGUUGGACUGUAAGCACAACCCCCACCUGUGGACGUCGGGCCCUCAUACCACCCUCAUGGAGUCUGUUUCUGACCGUUUGAGCAGACACAUGCACAUUUGUGGCCUGCUGGAGGUCAUUUUGGCCGGCAGGGAUGUAGCUCAGUUGAUAGAGCAUGGCGUUUGCAACGCCAGGGUUGUGGGUUCGAUUCCCACGGGGGGCCAGUAUAAAAAUACAAUAUAAAAAAAUUAAAUAAAAAAUAGAUGUAUUCACUAACUGUAAGUUGCUCUGGAUAAGAGCGUCUGCUAAAUGACUAAAAUGUAAAUGUAAAUUACACAUAUAAUAAUUAUUAUAAUACCAGUGCCAAUAAAAUAAAUCAAUAAGAUUGCAUUGUAAUUAUUUUUUGUGUGUGUGUGUGUGUGUGUGUGUGUGUGUGUGUGUGUGUGUGUGUGUGUGUGUGUGUGUGUGUGUGUGUGUGUGUGUGUGUGUGUGUGUGUGUGUGUGUGUGUGUGUGUGUGAAUUAAAGGGUCUGUCUAUCCCAGUAGUCUGCAUAUUAGAUGCAGUAGUUGGAGCACCUCUCCUAUCUCUGAUUGUUCUAGGUGUCUUUUGCCAGAGGUUACCUCAGCAUAUGUAGGCUGAUGAUCUGAAUGAUACAUGGUGUGGACUGCGUCAUGUGGUCCACUUCUCUGAAGGACAGUGUUCUGCCCGACCCUGGAGUAGUGGGCAGUGCUGUGUUGUGAUGGGCCGGGUCCAGUAGAGCUGUGUUGUGACGGGCCGGGUCUAGUAGAGCUGUGUUGUGACGGGCCGGGUCUAGUAGAGCUGUGUUGUGAUGGGCCGGGUCUGGUAGAGCUGUGUUGUGAUGGGCCUGGUCUGGUAGAGCUAUGUUGUGAUGGGACGGGUCUGGUCGUGCUGUCCUGAGGCGGGUCUAGUCUGGUAAAUCUGUGCUGUGGUGGGCCUGGUCUUGUAGAGCCGUGUCUGGCUCUUCUCUCCUGGGGAUGGUGGGGGUACUGUUUCAGAAAGUGGAGCGGGGGGGCCUCUGUUGCUGGGGUGAUGGGUGUGGGUCCCUGCCAAGUGUUGCAUCCUUUAGGUCCUCAGCAAAGGUUCUGACACUGUCCUGAUCAAGGUGUACAUUAUCAUAUAAAUGUUCACGUCAGAGUGGGGUGGUGAGCCAUUCUAACGUUGAGCAGUGAGGCACAGUCCACAGUGAUCUGUUGAUUUUAUUUUGUCGAUCAACUGUCCUGGGAAGUCUUUCCUUGGUAGGAGGGUGGACACAACUAUGUUGGUCGUUGGGAACAUAGCCUGGGCCCGCUCUGCCGCUCUUCUCACUGCCCCAGAUACAUUUUCACCUUUGGCAUGAAGGUGGUUUGUGCCAGUGUGGAUGAUGAUGUUGUCGGGGGUGUCAAUCCUGGUCUGACUGAGUAGCUGCAUUGCACUCUCAGUUGUAGGACACCAGAACUUAUACACCUGGUGUCUAGGGAAUAAUCUUUCCUGGACCAAGAACUUCCCAUUUGAAUCAAUAAGGAUUGCAGUUGUUGGUGGUUACCUGGGCUGGAGCAGACUGGGAGGCUGGUAGGUUGACCUGGGCUGGAGCAGACUGGGAGGCUGGUUGGCUGACCUGGGCUGGAGCACACUGGGAGGCUGGUGCAGUGUCAUCAGGCUGUGUGGUGGAGGUUAUGCUGGUUAUGCUGGUCUCAGGUUCUGCCUGUGUUGUACCAGGCUGGUGGACAUGUUCUCUAGAUGCAGAGGACAUAAUGACUAGCUGCUGGUUGAGGGGGUCAAUGUACCUCUCUCUCUGCUCUAGCUCCUCUCUUGUUGUGCUCAGAUGGUCUCUGAGGUCAUCAUUUGUCUGACUCAGUUUGUCCAUUCUGCUUUCUAAUUUAGCAAUAGAUCCUCUGCUCUCCUCCCUGAACGGUUUCAUCUCUUAUUUUAGUUUCUGGACAGUGUCAUCCUCUUGAAGCUUGUUCUCUCUGAGUUCUAUGACCUCUGCUUCAACUAGAGAGAGGGUGUUGUGGAAACGUUGCAUAGCAGGGGUUCCUGAUGUUGUAGGCAUGUCCUUGGCUCUGUCUGCUGCAGGUGAGGUAGGUAGAGGGACACGGAGGGCUUCUUGCUGGGUCACAGAGACCGUUGGGGGGGGUGUUGGGGCUUUUCUCCAUCAUCUCCCUCCUUUACUUCUUCAGCUUCUGAGAUGAGUUCAGCUUCUACUUCUAGGGCAGCAAACACAUUCUCAAAAGCCUGGAGGCUUGAAUCAUUGCCUUGUAUCAACACAGUUCCAUUAUUGUAGAAGUUGACUGUUUUGAUAUGUGUUGCUCUGGUCAGCUUCUUCAAAAAUGCUGAUCUGACAGCCUUGGCUGAUGCAUCUCUUUUUUUUGAGAAAUGGAAAUGGUUGCAAAUAACCCUUUUCCAUAUGUGCCCUUGUUUUGGUAUUAAAUUUGCUCUUGUUUUGCAACUGGUAAGAUCUGCAAACAGGCAUUCAUGUCCCAUCAUCAAACCUUUGAAACUUUUCUUAUCCUUCUCCGUCUGGAUGUCUGCUGGGUAAACAAUUUCCAUAGCAACGCUGGUGAUGUUGUCUACAGUGUUGCAAUAGAAGCCCACCUUUUCCCAAACAGUGUUGUUUGCCGGGGCGGCAGGUAGCUUAGUGGUUAAGAGCGUUGUGCCAGUAAACGAAAGGUCGCUGGUUCUAAUCCCCGAGCCGACUAGGUGAAAAAUCUGUCGACGUGCCCUUGAGCAAGGCACUUAACCCUAAUUGCUCCUGUAAGUCACUCUGGAUAAGAGCGUCUGCUAAAUGAUAAUUUUUAUGUUUUUAUAAUAGAGAACUGUUUUACUUUGAUGACCUUUUGUCUUCUGUCUUUCUGUUGACUAGCUAUUUUUUAAGUUUGUUAGCUUCUUUUAGGAGAGUCCCUAGCAACUGCUUAGCAACUGGUAACCAAUCCAGCUAGCUAAGAUAACUGCACAAUUUAAUAAAAAUAGAUACUUUUUCACAAGCCUGUCUUCUUCGUUUGUUGCUUGUUUUGUCUCCCAUUCAGUCUUGCAGUUUUCUUUUUGUUUUUUCCAAUGUACAUUUCUAGAUUUGUAGGAGCUCAUUUUUUUUCAGCUGCUGCUCAAUUUGGAACUCUCUCUCUCGCUCGGUCUCUCGCUCGCUCUGGGUCGGUCUCUCGCUCGCUCUGGGUCGGUCUCUCGCUCGCUCUGGGUCGGUCUCUCGCUCGCUCUGGGUCGGUCUCUCGCUCGCUCUGGGUCUCUCGCUCGCUCUGGGUCUCUCGCUCGCUCGCUCUGGGUCUCUCGCUCGCUCGCUCUGGGUCUCGCUCGCUCGCUCUGGGUCUCUCUCGCUCGCUCUGGGUCUCUCUCUCGCUCGCUCUGGUCGCUCUCUCUCGCUCUGGGUCUCCCUCUCUCCCUCUCGCUCUGGGUCUCGCUCUGGGUCUCUCUCUCUCUCUCUCUCUCUCUCUCUCGCUCUGGGUCUCUCUCUCUCUCUGGGUCUCUCUCUCUCUCUCUGGGUCUCUCUCUCGCUCUGGGUCGCUCUCUCUCUCUCUCUAUUUCCCAGGCUGUGUGGUUCUGAACCAGUAUGUGUGUGUUUCUGUGCAGGAAGGUAGUGUUGAACAAUGGAAUGAGCCUCAAGUCUCUAGCUGCUGACCUGCUCAAUGUGUCUCUGGAUAAAUCCUUGGAGCUGCGCUGCAGUAACUGGGAGGCUGACCAGCUAACCCUAGAACAGGUACAUGGGGAUACCUGCUGGUGCUAAUUAAUACAGGAUGGGGAUACCUGCUGGUGCUAAUUAAUACAGGAUGGGGAUACCUGCUGGUGCUAAUUAUUACAGGAUGGGAUACCUGCUGGUGUUUUAAUUAUUACAGGAUGGGAUACCUGCUGGUGCUAAUUAAUACGAGGAUGGGAUAACCUGCCUGGUGCUAAUUAAACGGAUGGGAAACCUGCUGGUGCGAAUUAUUAACAGGAUGGGAUACCUGACUUGGUGCUAAUUUAUUACAGGAUGGGAUACCUGCUGGUGCUUAAUUAGUUACAGGAUGGGAUACCUGCCUGGUGCUAAUUAUUACAGUAGGAUGGGAUACCUGCUGGGUGCUAAUUAUUACAGGAUGGGGAUACCUGCUGGUUGCUAAUUAUGUACAGGAUGGGAUACCUGCUGGUGCUAGUUAUUACAGAUGGGAUACCUGCAUGGUGCUAAUUAUUUACAGGAUGGGAAUACCUGCUGGUGCUAAUUAUUACAGGAAUGGGAUCCUGCUGGUGGCUAAUUAAUACAGGAUGGGAUACCUGCUGUGCUAAUUUACAGGAUGGGGAUACCCUGCUGGUGCUAAAUUAAUUACAGGAUGGGAUACCUGCUGGUGCUAAUUAUUACAGGAUGGGAUACCUGCUGGUGCUAAUUAUUACAGGAUGGGAUACCUGCUGGUGCUAAUUAAUACAGGAUGGGAUACCUGCUGGUGCUAAUUAUUACAGGAUGGGAUACCUGCUGGUGCUAAUUAAUACAGGAUGGGAUACCUGCUGGUGCUAAUUAAUACAGGAUGGGAUACCUGCUGGUGCUAAUUAUUACAGGAUGGGAUACCUGCUGGUGCUAAUUAAUACAGGAUGGGAUACCUGCUGGUGCUAAUUAUUACAGGAUGGGAUACCUGCUGGUGCUAAUUAAUACAGGAUGGGAUACCUGCUGGUGCUAAUUAUUACAGGAUGGGAUACCUGCUGGUGCUAAUUAAUACAGGAUGGGAUACCUGCUGGUGCUAAUUAUUACAGGAUGGGAUACCUGCUGGUGCUAAUUAAUACAGGAUGGGAUACCUGCUGGUGCUAAUUAAUACAGGAUGGGAUACCUGCUGGUGCUAAUUAAUACAGGAUGGGAUACCUGCUGGUGCUAAUUAAUACAGGAUGGGAUACCUGCUGGUGCUAAUUAUUACAGGAUGGGAUACCUGCUGGUGCUAAUUAAUACAGGAUGGGAUACCUGCUGGUGCUAAUUAAUACAGGAUGGGAUACCUGCUGGUGCUAAUUAAUACAGGAUGGGAUACCUGCUGGUGCUAAUUAUUACAGGAUGGGAUACCUGCUGGUGCUAAUUAUUACAGGAUGGGAUACCUGCUGGUGCUAAUUAUUACAGGAUGGGAUACCUGCUGGUGCUAGUUAUUACAGGAUGGGAUACCUGCUGGUGCUAAUUAUUACAGGAUGGGAUACCUGCUGAUGCUAAUUAUUACAGGAUGGGAUACCUGCUGGUGCUAAUUAUUACAGGAUGGGAUACCUGCUGGUGCUAAUUAAUACAGGAUGGGAUCCAUAGUGUGUCUGUGGUAUGGAAAGAUUGUUACUGUUCGUGUUUGAGAUCGGACUGAGAAGAAUAACUGAUCUACAAAUCUCCUUCAUCCCAAAUAACGAACCACUCAUUAUGUUAUGAAGAUGAGCGAUCCUGUGCCCUACCUUUGCUUGCUCAGUGAUUUCCCCCCCCCCCCCAAACCCGUUUUCUCUGAUUUAACCCCCACCUCUCUCUCUCUGGUGACCCCUAGAUGACGUCCCUCCCUCCCUCUCUCUCUCUGGUGACCCCUAGAUGACGUCCCCCCCCCCUCCCUCUCUCUCUCUGGUGACCCCUAGAUGACGUCCCCUCCCUCUCUCUCUCUGGUGACCCCUAGAUGACGUCCCUCCCUCUCUCUCUCUGGUGACCCCUAGAUGACGUCCCCCCACCUCUCUCUCUCUGGUGACCCCUAGAUGACGUCCCUCCCUCCCUCUCUCUCUCUGGUGACCCCUAGAUGACGUCCCCCCCCCCUCCCUCUCUCUCUCUGGUGACCCCUAGAUGACGUCCCUCCCUCUCUCUCUCUGGUGACCCCUAGAUGACGUCCCUCCCUCUCUCUCUCUGGUGACCCCUAGAUGACGUCCCUCCCUCCCUCUCUCUCUCUGGUGACCCCUAGAUGACGUCCCUCCCUCCCUCUCUCUCUCUGGUGACCCCUAGAUGACGUCCCUCCCCUCCCUCUCUCUCUCUGGUGACCCCUAGAUGACGUCCCCUCCCUCUCUCUCUCUGGUGACCCCUAGAUGACGUCCCUCCCUCUCUCUCUCUGGUGACCCCUAGAUGACGUCCCCUCCCUCCCCUCUCUCUCUCUGGUGACCCCUAGAUGACGUCCCUCCCUCCCUCUCUCUCUCUGGUGACCCCUAGAUGACGUCCCUCCCUCCCUCUCUCUCUCUGGUGACCCCUAGAUGACGUCCCUCCCUCCCUCUCUCUCUGGUGACCCCUAGAUGACGUCCCUCCCUCCCUCUCUCUCUCUGGUGACCCCUAGAUGACGUCCCUCCCUCCCUCUCUCUCUCUGGUGACCCCUAGAUGACGUCCCUCCCUCCCUCUCUCUCUCUGGUGACCCCUAGAUGACGUCCCUCCCUCCCUCCCUCUCUCUCUCCCCUAGAUGACGUACGCAGCCCGGGAUGCCCAGGUGUCCAUCGUCCUGUUCUUCCAUCUGCUGAGCCUCCACUCUAACGCCACGCCCUCACCUGGCUGUGGGAGUGUCUACACCCAGCUGGCCAAUCGCUGCCAGGGCCUGGUGGACACACCUUUCAGGGGGAGGGGCGGAGGAGAGGGGGAGGAUGGAGGGAGAAGCGAGAGGAGACGGAGGAGUAGGGCGCUCCAGCAGCCUACUGAAAGCCCCGAGUCUGGGGACCAGCAAGUACCAGACCCCAGAAGGAACAGCAGGAGAAAACCGCUCGGUGUGGGCUACUCUGCUAGGUCAGUGGUUGGUCUGUCCAGGGAUCUCUUUCACAGCACAGGCGCGUGGGGCAGACCGUUGUUACUGACCUCUGGACAAUUGCCAGUUGUCAAGGUCAUAAUACAGAACUUUCCAUAGUAAAGAUCAUCGCCCACAUUUUGGGGAACAUUGUGUCAAAGACUUGAGUAGUGUGAUUCUGGGCAGCAUUGGCUGGUUUUAGACAUUUCCUGUGUGUUAAGGGCAGCUGUGUGUCCGUGUAGUGACUGAUCAGGUUCCCGCUCGCUCUGCUUGUUGCAGGAAGUCCCCCCUCUAUGACAACUGCUUCCUCCAAGCUCCGGAUGGACAGCCCCUCUGUACCUGUGACAAGAAGAAGGCCAAGUGGUACCUGGAUAAAGGAAUCGGGGGUAAGCGGCAGCCACAUGCGGCACUGGCAGUGCCAAGACUGACAGUAUUUUCAUAUGAAUUUAACAGUCGAAUUGGAAAACACCACUAUCAUUUGGUGGUUUCAUACUGUAAAAUGUGGCGUAAAAAUGAACAGGUAGCCCUUUACACUCGUACCCGUAUAUGGGUUGGAAUGGUGUGUCCGUGGCGUAGCCCUUUACACUCGUACCCGUAUAUGGGUUGGAAUGGUGUGUCCGUGCCGUGGCCCUUUACACUCGUACCCGUAUCCGGGUUGGAAUGGUGUGUCCGUGCCGUGGCCCUUUACACUCGUACCCGUAUACAGGUUGGAAUGGUGUGUCCGUGCCGUGGCCCUUUACACUCGUACCCGUAUACGGGUUGGAAUGGUGUGUCCGUGCCGUGGCCCUUUACACUCGUACCCGUAUACGGGUUGGAAAUGGCUAAUUUGGGCAGUAAUAAGCAGCUAAAUGUGAACGUAGUGACUGGACAGUAACAAGCUAUACAUCAGGUCAGAGCUCUGGUUCUGGACAGUAACAAGCUAUACAUCAGGUCAGAGCUCUGGUUCUGGACAGUAACAAGCUAUACAUCAGGUCAGAGCUCUGGUUCUGGACAGUAACAGCUAUACAUCAGGUCAGAGCUCUGGUUCUGGACAGUAACAGCUAUACAUCAGGUCAGAGCUCUGGUUCUGGACAGUAACAGCUAUACAUCAGGUCAGAGCUCUGGUUCUGGACAGUAACAGCUAUACAUCAGGUCAGAGCUCUGGUUCUGGACAGUAACAGCUAUACAUCAGGUCAGAGCUCUGGUUCUGGACAGUAACAGCUAUACAUCAGGUCAGAGCUCUGGUUCUGGACAGUAACAGCUAUACAUCAGGUCAGAGCUCUGGUUCUAGACAGUAACAGCUAUACAUCAGGUCAGAGCUCUGGUUCUGGACAGUAACAAGCUAUACAUCAGGUCAGAGCUCUGGUUCUGGACAGUAACAGCUAUACAUCAGGUCAGAGCUCUGGUUCUGUUCUUCACAGCUCUGCAUGGGUUUGGACUGACAGAUUCUAGAGUUCCUGCUUUAAUUAUUUACUUAUUUAUUUACUUAUUUAUUGAAAGUUCCAGGAAUUCUGCAACCCUGUUCUGAACAGAAUGAGCCUAUGUUUGUUUAUUGUGAAGGAAAUUUUCCGCGGUCAUGACCUAUUCUAGGCGCAAACAAAAUUGAGAUCUGUUAAUCUGAAUUGCUUUAUGAAAGCCUAAAUGCUGUAAAAGCUUAUUUUAUAACUUAGCUAGUCACGUUGGCAAUGGAACACGCUUUCAAAUCAUGCCCACCUGACCCAGAUGGCGAUUUAUAACGGACCGUUUUUUUGGGUUGCGUAAACAACAACAGUAACUGUGUGAUGGCGGGGAGGCAGGGCUGCGUUCCAAACUAAACAACUAGUCUGCUUGCUCUAGUUCCUCAACAGCACAACUAGGAGAGAUCAAACAAGCACCUUUAUAGUUGAAGACUCUUCUUUGAGUCAUAAAAGUGCAUUGAAAUGAGUUAGGAACUGUGCACACUUUGGAGAGGUGUGUGGCCACUUGGAGACACCAGUUAGUCCUCUCACUCAAACCCAUGUCAUUUUUCUGUCUUAAGUUGCACCUACAUAACAUUUUCCAGGAAUAGUCUUAUGUUACUGAAUGUAUCCAGUGUAUUUUCAAAUUUCGUUAUCAACAAAUGCGGUGAAAAGUACUGUAAAAUGCACAUAAAAUCACCAGUGUAAUGUUUGGAUUCCAGUCUUGUGUCCUCACCUUUUUGGUCUAAUGAUUUUCCCCUCUCCCAACUGUUCCCUUUCAAUUGCUACCAUUGCUUAUGUUCACACUUUUCAAAUUUCUUCUGUAAGAAACAUUUCAAUUUGGCCCUAUCCAUAUAGGCCCAUUUCCAGGAAUGUUAACCAAGUCCCAGGUGAGUUGAUGUUGACGCUGACUCUUCUCCUGUCUUGCUCUCACUCCUCCUCCAGUGCUGCAGACUGAGGAUCCCUUCAUCGUGCGUCUGCUGUUUGAGCCGUCAGGACGUCCAGACUCCCAGCAGGACUACUAUCUGACUGCCAAAGAGAACCUGUGUGUUGUGUGUGGCAAGAACAACUCUUAUAUCCGGUGAGGACAACCUGUGUGGGUUGGCCGGAACAACUCUUAUAUCGGGUUGGCCGGAACAAGUCUUAUAUCAGGUUGGCCGGAACAAGUCUUAUAUCAGGUUGGCCGGAACAAGUCUUAUAUCAGGUUGGCCGGAACAACUCUUAUAUCGGGUUGGCCGGAACAAGUCUUAUAUCAGGUUGGCCGGAACAAGUCUUAUAUCAGGUUGGCCGGAACAAGUCUUAUAUCAGGUUGGCCGGAACAAGUCUUAUAUCGGGUUGGCCGGAACAAGUCUUAUAUCAGGUUGGCCGGAACAAGUCUUAUAUCAGGUUGGCCGGAACAAGUCUUAUAUCAGGUUGGCCGGAACAAGUCUUAUAUCAGGUUGGCCGGAACAAGUCUUAUAUCAGGUUGGCCGGAACAAGUCUUAUAUCAGGUUGGCCGGAACAAGUCUUAUAUCAGGUUGGCCGGAACAAGUCUUAUAUCAGGUUGGCCGGAACAAGUCUUAUAUCGGGUUGGCCGGAACAAGUCUUAUAUCGGGUUGGCCGGAACAAGUCUUAUAUCAGGUUGGCCGGAACAAGUCUUAUAUCAGGUUGGCCGGAACAAGUCUUAUAUCAGGUCGGCCGGAACAAGUCUUAUAUCAGGUUGGCCGGAACAAGUCUUAUAUCAGGUUGGCCGGAUGCUACACAGUCAGGCCUGUUAUUAGUUAUACUAACAACGUGAAGCUAUGUCCCGAUUCGCCACCCUUUUCUCAAGGUGAGUACCUGCACACUCCCCGUAGUGAAUUUGAGGAGAGGAGUGGUGUAAGCAUCGGCUGGAGGGGCCACCAUGUGAGAAGGGUGGAGGGUCAAGACCUUUUUCACGUUGCAGCCAUGACAGUCCAUCCUAGUGGGGUAGGAGGCGUACGUGAAUAUAUAUCGGUGUUGGUUCCCCUCUGCAUUGAAGGCCUAUAGUAUUAACUAGUUCCCCUCUGCAUUGAAGGCCUAUAGUGUUAACUAGUUCCCCUCUGCAUUGAAGGCCUAUAGUGUUAACUAGUUCCCCUCUGCAUUGAAGGCCUAUAGUGUUAACUAGUUCCCCUCUGCAUUGAAGGCCUAUAGUGUUAACUAGUUCCCCUCUGCAUUGAAGGCCUAUAGUGUUAACUAGUUCCCCUCUGCAAAAGACUUCUCAACAGCUUCUACCCCCAAGCCAUAAGACUCCUGAACAGCUAAUCAUGGCUACCCGGACUAUUUGCACUGCCCCCCCACCCCAUCCUUUUUACGCUGCUGCUACUCUGUUAAGUAUUUAUGCAUAGUCACUUUAACUCUACCCAUAUGUACAUAUUACCUCAACUACCUCAACUAGCCGGUGCCCCCGCACAUUGACUAUGCAACGGUACCCCCCUGUAUAUAUAGCCUCCCUACUGUCACUUUAUUUUACUGUAUAUAUAGCCUCCCUACUGUCACUUUAUUUUACUUCUGCUCUUUUUUUCUCAACACUUUUUUGUUGUUGUUUUAUUCUUACUUUUUUGUUUAAAAUAAAUGCACUGUUGGUUAAGGGCUGUAAGUAAGCAUUUCACUGUAAUGUCGGCACCUGUUGUAUUCGGCGCAUGUGACCAAUAAAAUUUGAUUUGAUUUGAUUUGAUUGAAGGCCUAUAGUGUUAACUAGUUCCCCUCUGCAUUGAAGGCCUAUAGUAUUAACUAGUUCCCCUCUGCAUUGAAGGCCUAUAGUGUUUAACUAGUUUCCCCUCUGCAUUGAAGGCCUAUAGUGUUAACUAGUUCCCCUCUGCAUUGAAGGCCUAUAGUGUAACUAGUUCCCCUCUGCAUUGAAGGCCUAUAGUGUUAACUAGUUCCCCUCUGCAUUGAAGGCCUAUAGUGUUAACUAGUUCCCCUCUGCAUUGAAGGCCUAUAGUUUAACUAGUCCCCUCUGCAUUGAAGCCUAUAGUGUUAACUAGUUCCCCUCUGCAUUGAAGGCCUAUAGUGUUAACUAGUUCCCCUCUGCAUUGAAGGCCUAUAGUGUUAACUAGUUCCCCUCUGCAUUGAAGGCCUAUAGUGUUUACUAGUUCCCCUCUGCAUUGAAGGCCUAUAGUUGUUACUAGUUCCCCUCUGCAUUGAAGGCCUAUAGUGUUAACUAGUUCCCCUCUGCAUUGAAGGCCUAUAGUGUUUACUAGUUCCCCUCUGCAUUGAAGGCCUAUAGUGUUUACUAGUUCCCCUCUCGUCUUACCCCUACAGGAAGAACAUCGUCCCUCACGAAUACAGACGUCACUUCCCCACGGAGAUGAAGGACCACAACUCCCAUGACAUCUUGCUGCUGUGCACUUCCUGUCACGCGGCCUCCAACGUGCACGACGGCUUCCUAAAGCAGCAGCUGGCUGAUGAGUACGCCGCGCCCCAGGUAGGGACCUCACGAUACCGAGGUGCCGAUACGAGAUGUAUUGAGAAUUUGGAUGUAUCACUAUUCUAUAUUUAUUGUGAUUUGAUAUGGAGAUUUUUAUUGUGAUUUUGUGAUUCGAUACUGUGAUUUUAUUGCGAUUCGAUGUUCCAAACAUUGCUCACCAUGUCUGUUGCAGAGGGACAAGACUUGACAAGACAUGUUGGCUCCCCAUAAAAAUAAAUUAAAAAAACAUUGUUUUGGGGUCAAAAAUAAUAUUGCGAUACUCAACUGUAUGGAUUUUUUUUUCCUACCCCCAGGGGUGUGAGGACGGGGUGCGUCUCCUGGAGGACUCUGACCGCAGGAGGGUUCGUUCUGCAGCCCGAGCCCUGCUCACCGUGGGGGACAGGCUGCCAGGGGCCAGGCGAGAUGAGCUGCAGAAGGUCAUAAGGGAUUUCUUCAACGACACCGAUGUGGAGCUGACGCCCGAGACACUGCAGAGGGCUGCAGACCUGGAGACUAGGUGAGGGUCCGCGCCAUCUGGCCUUGAUGGUCAUCGUGUACUCUUAACUUGUACCCAGUACAGCCUCCGCUCUGAGCCAGUUCCUAUCUAGGUUCCUUCUCCUAGGACCUUUGUCCUGCUUCUGCUUGCUAUUUGGUAUCCAGGUCAGGUAUCUGUCAAGCUGUUUUUACAGUGGGGGAAAAACGUAUUUAGUCAGCCACCAAUUGUGCAAGUUCUCCCACUUAAAAAGAUGAGAGAGGCCUGUAAUUUUCAUCAUAGGUACACGUCAACUAUGACAGACAAAUUGAGGAAAAAAAAUCCAGAAAAUCACAUUGUAGGACUUUUAAUGAAUUUAUUUGCAAAUUAUGGUGGAAAAUAAGUAUUUGGUCACCUACAAACAAGCAAGAUUUCUGGCUCUCACAGACCUGUAACAACUUCUUUAAGAGGCUCUUCUGUCCUCCACUCGUUACCUGUAUUAAUGGCACCUGUUUGAACUUGUUAUCAGUAUAAAAGACACCUGUCCACAACCUCAAACAGUCACACUCCAAACUCCACUAUGGCCAAGACCAAAGAGCUGUCAAAGGACACCAGAAACAAAAUUGUAGACCUGCACAAGGCUGGGAAGACUGAAUCUGCAAUAGGUAAGCAGCUUGGUUUGAAGAAAUCAACUGUGGGAGCAAUUAUUAGGAAAUGGAAGACAUACAAGACCACUGAUAAUCUCCCUCGAUCUGGGGCUCCACGCAAGAUCUCACCCCGUGGGGUCAAAAUGAUCACAAGAACGGUGAGCAAAAAUCCCAGAACCACACGGGGGGACCUAGUGAAUGACCUGCAGAGAGCUGGGACCAAAGUAACAAAGCCUACCAUCAGUAACACACUACGCCGCCAGGGACUCGAAUCCUGCAGUGCCAGACGUGUCCCCCUGCUUAAGCCAGUACAUGUCCAGGCCCGUCUGAAGUUUGCUAGAGUGCAUUUGGAUGAUCCAGAAGAGGAUUGGGAGAAUGUCAUAUGGUCAGAUGAAACCAAAAUAGAACUUUUUGGUAAAAACUCAACUCGUCGUGUUUGGAGGACAAAGAAUGCUGAGUUGCAUCCAAAGAACACCAUACCUACUGUGAAGCAUGGGGGUGGAAACAUCAUGCUUUGGGGCUGUUUUUCUGCAAAGGGACCAGGACGACUGAUCCGUGUAAAGGAAAGAAUGAAUGGGGCCAUGUAUCGUGAGAUUUUGAGUGAAAACCUCCUUCCAUCAGCAAGGGCAUUGAAGAUGAAACGUGGCUGGGUCUUUCAGCAUGACAAUGAUCCCAAACACACCGCCCGGGCAACGAAGGAGUGGCUUCGUAAGAAGCAUUUCAACAUCCUGGAGUGGCCUAGCCAGUCUCCAGAUCUCAACCCCAUAGAACAUCUUUGGAGGGAGUUGAAAGUCCGUGUUGCCCAGCGACAGCCCCAAAACAUCACUGCUCUAGAGGAGAUCUGCAUGGAGGAAUGGGCCAAAAUACCAGCAACAGUGUGUGAAAACCUUGUGAAGACUUACAGAAAACGUUUGACCUGUGUCAUUGCCAACAAAGGGUAUAUAACAAAGUAUUGAGAAACUUUUGUUAUUGACCAAAUACUUAUUUUCCACCAUAAUUUGCAAAUAAAUUCAUUAAAAAUCCUACAAUGUGAUUUUCUGGAUUUUUUUUCCUCAAUUUGUCUGUCAUAGUUGACGUGUACCUAUGAUGAAAAUUACAGGCCUCUCUCAUCUUUUUAAGUGGGAGAACUUGCACAAUUGGUGGCUGACUAAAUACUUUUUUUCCCCCACUGUAUAAUGAGGCCUUUAUGAAGAAAUGGAGUUGAUUGAUUACCCUGCCCUCUCCCAGGAUCUUCAACGAGAGCUACGUUCCCCACGGGCUGAAGGUGGUGAAGGCGCACGCUAAGCGGGGCCUGAAGGGAUUAAUGGAGCUGGAGGGCUGCUGGAGGCAGCAUUUCCUGUCUACCAUGACACCUCGCUACCUGCCUCCUCUCUGGUCCGUCAGCCACAACCACGACAAGUUCCUACGCAAGUACGGAGAGGACCUUCCCAUCCAGCUUAACUGA